CAAAUAUAUUUUGUGAGCACACUCUGUAGCACUAUUUAUUUGGUCUUUUAUUGAUUAAAUUCUGCAAUUUUUUUCAAGUUCAAAAUUCAGAUCUUCUACUUCAGUAUAACAUGUCGAGUAUAACCCUUCCUUCAUCUUCCUUGCUCAAGGUUGGACCAUCAAUAAAAUCGUCCGUCUUUACCAAACCACUCUGUUCAUUGAGUUCCAUAAAGAGUAUUUCCAAAGCAUUUGGAUUAAAGUAUUCGCCCUCGUUCAAAGUCAGUGCAAUGGCAGCAUACAAAGUAAAACUCAUAAGUCCUGAUGGCAAGGAGAAUGAAAUUGAAGUCUCUGAUGAUCAAUACAUCCUCGAUGCAGCAGAGGAAGCUGGUUUAGAGCUGCCUUAUUCGUGCAGGGCCGGCUCGUGCUGCACUUGUGCAGCACAGUUGGUUUCGGGUUCAGUUGAUCAAUCCGAAGGUGCAUUCCUGGACGAUGAUCAGAUGGAGAAAGGUUAUUUGCUGACCUGCAUUUCGUACCCGAAAUCGGACUGUGUGAUUUACACACACAAAGAGGAAGAAGUUCAUUGAAUUUUUUGUUUGAUCAGUUAACUCAUUCUGUGUCUUUUAAAGGGAAAUAGAAAAAACUUGUUUCAGAAAAGGGGAAUAGGAAAAUAAGAAACAGAGUUAUUCUGUACUUUCCACUUGUAUUGCUUUCUUGAAAAUGCAUUUAAAUUUGGAUGAUAUUGGUUUAAAUUUAUAUUGUUGGUUAAUUGUAA